AUGACAGACGCGACAGAGUUCCCGCAAUCUUUUGUCCGACCAUGGAAAGAGCUGCUCCAAUCGCGACGCGACGAGCAAGAAGAUGACUUUCCAAGCUACUACGUCAAUAAUAUCGACUCCCUCAUCACCACCAGUUCACCCAAGACAUUAUAUGUUGGAACAGGCCACUCCAUAUACACGCGCGCUCUUCUGCCAGCAAUUCUCAGCGCCAAGCACUCGGUUCAAUUGAUCACCUGCUACUGGGCUGCUUCACCGUCUCUGGAUGCCAUCCGCGACACAUUCGAGAAGCUUGCGAAGGCGCGUAUUGAAGCCAACGUCAAAGAGCCUCUACGGAUUACAAUAGGCUUCUCAUCAUUUGGACUAUUCCAGAAACUCUUCCAUCCUGCAUCGCGAGAGGGAUAUGUCUAUGAGCCGUCGAAAUGGCCUAAGCUGGGUCUGCCCGACCAGCAACUGCUACAGAAUGCCAAUAUCGACCUUACGCGAUGGUUCGAAGGUUGCGUCGAGGUCGAGGGUGCCAUUGUCGACCGUCUCUUGGCCUUUUAUGAUCGCGUUUGGGGCUGCAAUGAUGAACCUUCCCGACUACUUGACUCGCGAGAAGAUUCGCAAAUCGAUCAAAGAGCACCAGAUCGACUACAAGCCAACAGUGAAACAUCGGCAACGCAGUCAAUUGACUUCCCUGCCAGUGGCCCAGUUCCGACCAUCUUUCUCCCUUCACCGCAUCAUCGGAACCCUCGGUUUUCCUUCUUCCCAUUUCUGUCGCAGACAAAUCCACCGAUGACUCCCCUGAAUGCAGCACUACUUACACUGUUCAGCAACGCACAGCGACGCAUCACCAUCCUCACUCCCAAUGUCACCUCGUGGCCUGUUGUGGAGAGUCUAUUGGAUGCGCUUGCACGGGGAGUCGAUGUUCAGAUCAGAACCAGCAAGGGUAUGAUGCUGAUCGAGCAGCUAGUCACGGCUGGCACAACGACAUCCUGGUGUUUGCGCAAGUUUAUUCAGAGAUACAAUGCUCUUGUCAAUCAGCCACGAUCAUCGGAUCCUGAAGCGCAAUCGCCUGCGCCCGGCAAGCUGGAGAUCUUCUACUACAAACAACUCGACGCUAGACGCGACAAAGAAGAUGAACCCGUCGUCAGUCAUUUCAAGAUGACUCUUGUUGACGACGAGUAUCUAGUGUUAGGCUCAGGCAAUAUGGACAGGGCAAGUUGGUGGACGAGUCAGGAAAUCGGAUUACUAUUCUAUGUCCCUGGCUUUCAGGGUCAACACCUCUGGAACGAUGUCCUCGAGAAGCGCACAGAAGUCUUGUUUCAAUCUGACCACCCUAAGCGAUUGAUCUGA